CGCAGAGGAGCCCAGGACCUGUGGCAUCAGCGGAGGGCGCAGGAUACAGUUCGCCGCGGGUAGUCGCGUAUUUUCGGAAGGGACAGCUGUUCGCUCCGGGACACACACAUCGGAUCAGCAUGUCGCCGUCGGGGCGUCCCAGCAAGGUGCGGCUGGUGUUCCUCGGAGCUGCCGGGGUCGGGAAGAGCGCGCUCAUCCGCCGUUUCCUCCACGACCGCUUCGAGCACAAGUACACGCGCACAGUGGAGGAGCUGCACGUGCUGGAGUACGACGCGGAGGGGUCCGGGAAGACGCGUCUGGAGAUCCUGGACACUAGCGGCAGCUACUCCUUCCCGGCCAUGCGGGAGCUCUGCAUCCGGCACAGUGACGCUUUCGCCCUGGUGUACGCGGUGGACGACCCGGGGUCCUUCGAGGAGGUCCGGCGGCUUCGCGACGAGAUUCUGGAGCUGCGGGACGGUAAGAGCGCGCCCAUCACCGUGGUCGGCGGCAAAGCGGACCUCACCGAGGCCGAAGGUCGCGUGCUGCAGGCGGGCGAUGCCAUGGUAACGGUGGAGGGCGAGUGGGACGCCAACUUCGUGGAGGCGUCCGCGCGCACAGGUGGAAACACGGUGGGAGUUUUCCGCGCAAUGCUGCAGCAGGUGGACCUGCCGCACCGGCUGAGCCCUGCGGUGCGCAGGCGCAGAGACACGGUGCCCAGACCUGCGUUCAAGAGGAGACCGCCGCUGAAGAAGAACAACAGCUGUACCCUGUCAUAGGAACAUCUGCUCCGUUCGACGAUGGACUCUGCAGCUGGACUGCUCGCGUCCAGGUGUUCGUCACAGAACUCAAACAGUUUUGUGCACACGUGGAAAUGCCCCCUAUGAACUAUAGGUACGAAACUUCACUGUCCUGAGUCCGGACGGUAAUGGCAGUCGUGAUGGUUUAGUGGGACCCCUUACAUGCCACGGACUUUAUAUGUGAUUUGUCUACAUUUUAUAUGUUAUAUCAAUAAACAGAUUUUAUCUGCUGUUUCAUACA